AUGAAACUAAAUAUAUUGAUUUUAUCUCUGUUAAUAGUUGGAGCUAUUUGUGUCGAUGACUGGAUUGACAAUAGCAAAAACUACAAGCCCUUGAUCAAGAGUGAAAUGAGCUUCAACUCUGAACUUCCCGAAAACUUUUUCUGGGGUGAUGUUGAUGGAGUUAACUACUUGACUGUAACUAAAAAUCAACAUAUUCCCUAAUACUGUGGUUCAUGCUGGGCUUUCACUGCUACCAGUACUCUUUCUGAUAGAAUUAAAAUUGCCAGAAAAGCUGCUUUCCCUGACAUUUUAAUUUCUCCUUAAGUUUUGAUUUCCUGCGAUGACUUCAGCAAUGGUUGUCACGGUGGUAACAUUCUUACUUCUUACUAAUGGAUCGCAUAAAACAACAUUACUGAUGAAACUUGUUCUCCUUACCAAGCUUAUGGACACGAUAACGGAGUUGGAUGUUCCGCAUAAAUUAAAUGUAAGAACUGUUUACCAGGUAAAGGUUGUUGGGCUUAAGAUAACGCUAAGAUUUAUUCAGUUGAAGAACAUGGUCAAGUUAAUGGUGAAGAAAAUAUGAUGUAAGAAAUAUUCAAUAGAGGUCCUAUUGGUUGCGGAAUCGCUUCAAAUGACUAUUUAAGAUAUAACUACACAGGAGGUAUUUACGUCAAUACUACUGAAGUAGACUACCAUAAUCACGCUAUCUCUGUUGUAGGUUGGGGUGUUGAAAAUGGAACCAAGUACUGGAUUGUCAGAAACUCUUGGGGAAGCUAUUGGGGUGAAAAGGGCUACUUCAGAUUAGUUAGAGGUAUUAAUUCUUUGAAUAUCGAAAGUGAUUGUGCAUGGGCUGUUCCUAAAGAUACCUGGACUAAUGAUGUUAGAAAUACUACUGCUAGCAACACCAACAGCUAAUCUAACUUCAGAUAAUUACAUGAUUGUGUUAGACAAGAAAAUAAUCAAAAAGACCAAGUCAUUCUUAGUCCUCUUCCUCACUAAUAUUUAAAUGGAGCCGUUCUUCCUAAAAGCUGGGACUGGAGAAAUAUUUCUGGAGUUAACUAUCUCUCAGUCACUCGUAACUAGCACAUUCCUUAAUACUGCGGUUCUUGCUGGGCUCACGGUACCACAUCUUCUAUUGCUGAUAGAAUCAAUAUUGCUAGAAACAGAACUUUCCCUGAUAUUGAAUUAUCAGUUCAAGCCAUUAUUAAUUGUAAAGCUGGUGGUUCUUGCAAUGGUGGUUAACCCAUUUCUGUUUACUCAUUUGCACAUAAGAAGGGUGUUCCUGAAGAAUCUUGCCAAAACUAUGUUGCUAAGAAUCCUUAAAAGUUCUCUUGUUCUGAUAUUUAAAGAUGUAUGGAUUGCACCAAGCCUGCUCCUACUAAUACUACAGUUAACCCUGGUAGAUGUUGGGCUGUUGAUAACUACGAAAACUGGAAGGUUGGUGAAUAUGGCACAGUUUCUGGAGCUGAUAAGAUGAAGGCUGAAAUCUUUGCUAGAGGUCCAAUUUCCUGCGGUAUUGCUGUCACUAAUAAGUUCGAAGCUUACACUGGUGGUGUUUACUCUGAAAAGAGCCUUACUCGUAUCAAUCACGAAAUUGCUGUUGUUGGUUGGGGUGUUGAUGAAACCACUAACACUGAGUAUUGGAUUGGUAGAAAUUCUUGGGGUACUUACUGGGGUGAAGAUGGUUUCUUCAGAAUUAAAAUGCACUCAGAAAAUCUUAAAAUUGAAACUGACUGCUCUUGGGGUGUUCCAGUUGUAGAAAAAUGA